GCGGCGCGCAGGGGGCGGGGGGAUGAGUGUGCGGUUUUGAGGGAGGCGCCGGAGCCGGCCCCGCGGGGACGCAGCCAUGAGCUACGACCGCGCUAUCACCGUCUUCUCCCCGGACGGGCACCUCUUCCAGGUGGAGUACGCCCAGGAGGCGGUGAAGAAGGGCUCCACGGCGGUUGGAGUAAGAGGGAAGGAUAUUGUUGUUCUUGGUGUGGAAAAGAAGUCUGUGGCAAAACUUCAAGAUGAAAGAACUGUCCGGAAGAUCUGCGCCCUGGAUGACAACGUCUGCAUGGCUUUUGCGGGGCUGACGGCUGAUGCCAGGAUCGUUAUCAACAGAGCUCGUGUGGAGUGCCAGAGCCACCGCCUGACCGUGGAGGAUCCUGUCACCGUGGAGUACAUCACACGGUACAUUGCCAGCCUCAAACAGAGAUACACACAGAGCAACGGGCGCAGACCCUUUGGUAUCUCUGCUCUCAUCGUGGGAUUUGACUUCGAUGGAACCCCCCGGCUGUACCAGACCGAUCCCUCGGGCACGUACCAUGCCUGGAAGGCCAAUGCCAUUGGCAGAGGAGCCAAAUCCGUGCGGGAGUUCCUGGAGAAGAACUACACUGACGAAGCCAUUGAAACAGACGAUCUCACCAUUAAACUGGUCAUCAAGGCCCUUCUCGAGGUGGUGCAGUCUGGGGGGAAGAACAUCGAGCUGGCGGUGAUGAGGCGGGAGCAGCCGCUGAAGAUCCUAAACCCUGAAGAAAUUGAGAAGUAUGUGGCUGAAAUUGAGAAAGAAAAGGAAGAAAACGAAAAGAAAAAACAGAAGAAAACAUCAUGAUGAAUGAAAUUCAACUGCUUAGCUGCUUCUUUUAAUUCAUGUGAUGGGUUAUUCUGUAUAGACACCAUGUAGGCAUUCCACUCCCUCAUCCUGUGCCCCUCUCCAGACCUGCAAUAAACCUACUGGGGUUUUUUUUAAA